CCCAGCAUGACUCCUUCUGGCGUCCAUGGCCAUUUUGCCAGCGUUUCGCCGCCUAAUUUGUACAGCGGCGUCAGGGAGCUUCCCUACCCGUACCUGCAGCACCGCUACAGCGCCCUUGCCAACGCUGUUACACCACCCACGCUCUCCCCUCCGCCCGAAAAAACCAUCACGCCCACGAGGGAAGCGCACACAUCGCUCUGGUGGAGUUCAACUGCUUAUAACACGCCGACUUCUCACGCCACUUAUAAUUAUCCAUUCCAUCUUUAUCAGCAGCACGCCAGUCUCGCUGAACCUUCGGUGGGCCAAGGCAACCCAACCCUGAAUCUGCAGCAAGCAAACGCUUUCGCACAAGGUAUCCUUCUCCAGCAAAGGCGCAUCGCUUCUACUCUCAACAGGUCUGUCGGUUCUCGACGUUGUCGACGAUGCCGCUGUCCCAACUGCCACUACACCUCACGAAAUACUACAGGCGCCAAGAAGAAGAAUCACAUCUGCCAUGUCCCGGGAUGUGGCAAGCUCUAUGCCAAAACGUCCCACCUGAAGGCACAUCUACUUUCACACACCGGAGAGCGGCCUUUCGCGUGUCACUGGAUGUACUGCGACAAGGCGUUCACUCGCUCCGAUGAACUCCAACGUCACCUCAGAACGCACACGGGUGAAAAACGUUUCCAGUGUAAACAGUGUGGAAAACGUUUCAUGCGAUCUGAUCACUACAACAAACACGUCAUCACUCACGACAGCCGACGCGCCCGUGUUGUUCCUGCUUCUCCAGCCGAAGGCGACGAUGUCGAUGUUGAUUGUAAUGAUAUUGCUAAUAAUUAUAGCGGGGACUUUCACUCAUUCGCAUUGCCAGAUUCACCCGUAUCUGAAGUAGAUUUGUAG